GAUUUUGAGGCUGUCAAAAUCAGUGAUCAGCGAAACUGCAGAAUAACCACAACUCACAACGUUCGCAUAGAAAGCCGAUUGUAAUUUAAAAGCAAACGUGAAUUUACGGAGUAAAAAUGACCGAAGUUUUCUCUGGAGCAACGAUGAGUGGACCGGCCGCGGACUGGAUGGAUGCAGCGCAUAGCACCGGUACCUCGAUUAUGGCUGCGGAAUUCGAUGGGGGUGUAGUGAUUGGUGCUGAUUCACGUACUACAACUGGAUCAUACAUUGCCAAUCGUGUAACUGACAAGUUAACCAGGAUCACAGACAAUAUCUACUGCUGUAGGUCUGGUUCAGCUGCAGACACUCAAGCAAUUGCUGAUAUUGUGUCAUACCAUCUAGAAUUUCACGCUAUGGAAUUAUCUGCACCACCUUUGGUUGAAUCCGGCGCUGCGGUUUUCCGUGAGUUGUGCUACAACUACCGGGAUUCUUUAAUGGCCGGUAUUCUCGUCGCUGGUUGGGAUAAAAUCAAAGGCGGUCAAGUUUAUUGCAUCCCCAUUGGUGGAAUGUGCGUGCGACAACCUGUUUCUAUUGGUGGAUCAGGUUCUAGUUAUGUUUAUGGUUAUGUUGAUUCCCACUACAAGCCAGGGAUGAGUCAAGAAGAGUGUGUGAAGUUCAUCACAAACACUUUAAGCCUUGCAAUGUCCCGUGAUGGUUCAUCUGGUGGUGUUGUACGUUUGGGAAUCAUCACCAAGGAUGGCAUCGAACGCAGAGUGAUUCUCGGCACCGAAUUGCCCAAAUUCUACGAAGGUUAAUCACGCGGAACGUUUAUGAUUUAAUUUGUAAGGCGUUCAAUUUUUUACCUUAAGUUUCUUUGUCUGCAUUGUAAGGGUUUAAAUAAUAAUUCUGAUAUAUAAAAA